AUGCUGCUCCAACUCGUCUUCGUCUUUCUGCUCGUGCAAUUCUGCUCCGUAGUCAUCGGCUCUGUAACGACAGUAACGAAGUUCAUAGGCGUUACAGAAACGGCGACGGUGGCAACGCAUCACGGGGCAUGUGAGAGCUUCACUGGACUGUGCUUCGUCCUCGGACCAUCCGCCGGCCCACCAUCGACAACGACCGUCUACGAGACCCCAGCUCCUCCAGCACCUCCACAAUCAACCAUAACAACACUCACGACAUCCGUCAUCUCGACCACUACCGACUUCGCCACGACCUCCGUCCCCAACAGCAAUGCCUGUGAAAGCUUCACUGGCGCCUGCGUGGUGUACGGCACAGAUCAGUCCACCACCACCACUUUUUACGCCACCAGCACGGGCAACAGCCACGGCGACCUUGGACAGAAGAAGAACGUUGGCAGCGGAUCAAUCAGCGACCUCUUGCAAGGAGCCUGCUGGCUAGCCUGCGGUGUCAUAUUCGCUUUCGCUGCAUUGCUGUAA